GGGUCGUCUUCUUCGGGCGAACGCGGUGAAGCGAUCUGAGGGCCGCGAUGAACGCCACCGAGCAGAAGCUGGCGGAGCUGGUGCGCGAACACCCGAACCUCUACGACCAGUCGCGCCGGGAUUACAGAAACACCGUGAAGGGACACUCCGCGUGGAAAGAAAUCGGGGCCGCCAUGGGGAAGUCCCAGGAAGAAGUGAAGCUGCUGUGGAAAAACCUGCGCGACAAGUUCUGCAAAGCGAGGAAGCGACUGGUCAGGAGACAGUUCCCCCAGCAGGACGAAAGCGACAUCCCGUGGGAGAUGCAGGUGCCGGGGCUGUUCAGCCAGCUGGCCUGGCUCACCGCACAUGUUAAGCUGCGGGCGGAGGUCGGAGGAGGCGCUGGGGAGCCAGAGGAGACAACUGGAAGAGCAGAUGACCUGGAAAAAGAGCAAGAGGAAGAUAAGAAGAGGCUGCUUGAUCCCCUCCCUGUUGUCACUACCAGUUUUGCUACUUCAGAGCCCACAACAAGCUGCCACCAGAUCUCCGAACCUCCCAAACGCAGAAGACAAACGACCACAGAAACUGAGAUAAGUUCUGCAGAUGCGUUCAGCAGUUUCAGGGAUGAAGACGAACUGUUUCUGCUCAGUCUCUUGCCCUCAUUGAAAAGGCUCACCAUCAAAAAAAGGAUGGAGGUCCGGAUGAAGUUCCAGCAGGUGCUUUAUGCAGCAGAGUUUGAGGACUGAAAUCUGGGUCUGGAUCAUUUACGACAACUACACAGUCCCUCACAGACAGUCAGCGUGUAAAUACUGUUAUGAGUUGUUGAUAAUUAUUUUGGGUAUUAUUAUUUUUACUAUUAUUAUUAUUACUUAGAAUGUUCUAAGUUUGGCCAAAAAGAAAGAAAAGUCACAUCUUGAUUCUGUUUGGCUGCCUUUUUAACCGAUGAAGACUGUCAUUGUGACAAACUUAUUGUUUAUUUAUGUAUCUAGAGUUGUUCUAGUUUUUCAACAAGACCGUGUCAGCGAGGAAGGAGUCACGCUGGGUCAUCCCCAGCACUCCUACACAGUUGUCCUGUUUGUGUUGAGCAAAGCAUUAAGUGGAUUUUCUCUAGACACGUUAAAAUUAAAGAGUAGAGCACACAUGCGCCAAUGUUGCACGGGUUACACUUUAUAAAGGAUUCUGUCUCUCCAGAUAAAUCCAGACGACAUGUUAGAAUGUCAUUAAG